AUGCCGCCCUGGCCUUGCCCGGGAUGCUCCGAGGGCGCUGAGCACUGGGGAGCAGACGCGGGUGGCGCCGGCCGGGGCUUUGCAAGCGCCCUCGGGCACCGCGCGGCCCGCGGGCACCGCACGCUGAGCACCUGCUCCCUCUUCCCACAGAGCCCCRUCCGCUGCCCGGAGCCGCCGGAGCACCGGGAACUGCCGCAGCCGCUGGACGCCGGCGCACGGCAGGGCCUGCCGCUGCGCUCCGCAUACAUCCCCGUGCCCCAGCACAGGAAGCUCCCCGACCAGGCAGGCCUGGACGAGGUGAUGGCAGCCGCGGUGCUCACCAGCCUCUCGAGCAGCCCGCUGGUGCUGGGCCCCCUGCCCGGCGCCCCCGGCGCAGAGGCCUGGCCGGAGGCGCCCGCCAUGUCGUCCAGCUGCAGCAGCAGCAGCAACACGAGCGGCGAGUGGAGCUGGGAGGCGGCGAGCGACCGCUCCAGCCCGUCCACGCCGUCCCCWCCGUUGCCCCCCGCCGCCGGCCGCCUGCCCCCCGCCGACCCGCCCCACGGCGCCCACUUCGUCUUCGGGGAGCCCGUCCCCAGGAAGAGGAAGAACUCCACCAAGGUGAUGUUCAAGUGCUUGUGGAAGAGCUGCGGCAAGGUGCUGAGCAGCUCCUCAGGGAUGCAGAAGCACAUCCGGACCGCGCACCUCGGGCGGAAAGCCGACGUGGAGCAGAGCGACGGCGAGGAGGACUUCUACUACACGGAGCUGGACGUCAACGUGGACUCGCUGACGGACGGGCUCUCCAGCCUGACGCCCGUGUCCCCCACGUCCUCGGUGCCGCCGGCCUUCCCGGUGCUGGAGGCGCCACCGGGCCCCCCCGUGGCACCGGCYGCCCCUGAGCCAGCCCCGCUGAGCCGCUCGGCACCCAGCGCCCUGUGCCACGUGCACACGGACCACGCGUACCAGGGCUGCCCUGCUCCACUGCGGCCCGUCACCAUCGGGGACAAGCGGCUGCCGCUGCCGCCGGUGCCCGUGGUGAAGAUGCACGUGGCGCUCGCCCCGGUGCUGCCCAAGCCGCCCGCUGCCGCCAGGAAGCCGCGCGGUGACGCCAAGAAGUGCCGCAAGGUGUACGGCAUGGAGAACCGGGAGCUGUGGUGCACGGCGUGCCGCUGGAAGAAGGCCUGCCAGCGCUUCGUCGACUGAGGCCGCGCCGGCCCCUUCUUGCACAUUUUGCACUUGAGGUGCCUUCGCGCCCCCCU